CUUUCUCUUCCCUCCGCCUGCCGCGGGAAGGGACGGAGCGCUUGUGCCUCUCUGGUGAGAACAGGGAAGAGCAAGUGCCCUCGCUGAGCGCGGGGAGGAGCAGGACUGGACAGCAGCGGCUGGUUGGAUUGGGGCUUUCUCGAAAUGGAACUGGUUGGGCUGUGCGCUGGUGGUACAGAAGGUGUGGAAGACUCCCCAGGCUCUGGGAGGAGAGGCAGCAGGGAAGAGAACUAGCUGGGCAAGCAGGAGAUCCAACACCCCUGUGCUCUGGUCCUUGUUCCCAGCACAGGCCUCAACUUCUCAUGGGUCACCUCCUUUCAAUUCUUGGCGUGGGGGGGGGGUGGGGAGCAGGAAAACCUGGCAGUAAGAAAAAAAGGGGUGGAUCAAUAAAGGAGGGGGCAUUUGAUGAUGAGAGUACACUUAUUUGCAGUACCCUGCACUAUGGUGGGGCUGGAAGGUGGCAGUUAAGGGAGGUUGGAACCCAGCUCCACAUUCUGAAGGGCCCUCCUAACUUGACUUACAGGGCUGCCGUAGGAGGAAACUUCAAGCAACUAGGAAGGCUGAAAGGGCAGUUUGAACAAUUAGAGAGGCAGGGAGCAAAAAAGCCAGGUUACAACAGCCCAGGGAAAGGAAGAGACAUUUGCCAAGGCCGGAGACACAGACUCCUGAGUUGUACAGAAAGUAGCCCCAGGAAUUGGCAAGAGACCGCGGGUAUUAAGUAAAGAAGAGGAGUCAAAGAUUAUUCUAAUGUUUUUAUAACACGGACAGCAGAAAAUUGGCCGCCAUGGGUCAGUUUGGUAAAGGGGAGAAUUCGAGAAAGGAGGACUAAGAACAGUUUUUGCCUUUUGUAAUUUAAGAUGUCAACCACAUGCUCGGUGUACUAAAUGGAAAGAUGCUAUAAGCCUCGCUCGAGAGGGAAAGUUCAGAUGCCACAAACAUAGGUUACUGUGACACAUAUACAUUCUCUCUCAAAUGAGUAAUCUCGGAAAAUUCUCCUUUCCUCCGUUCUUGGGGCCAUUUCGGAACUCCUGGACUACGUUUCCCAGGACGCCCUGCGCCACGCCCCACUUCGCGCCUCUGGGAAGGGGGUCCCGUGAGUCUCCGGGCGCAGAGCUCCGCCUCCGCCGCUGGGGGCGGGGCGACGUCAGACUCCAGGAGCGCCGGAUUACGCACUUCCUCCGGGGGUUGGGGCCGAAUCGCUGUGUGGCGGGUUCGAGUCCCGCCUCCUGACUUUCGCCCCUAGCCCCUGAGUCCCGGACGGGGCGCGUUCGCCUGGUAACCUCUCCACGGCCAGGGGCAGUGGCACACCUGGUACUUCACCAUGGAGGACUACCUGCAGGGUUGUCGAGCCGCUCUGCAGGAGUCCCGGCCGCUACACGUUGUGCUGGGAAAUGAAGCCUGCGACUUGGACUCCAUGGUGUCAGCUCUUGCCCUGGCUUUUUACCUGGCAAAGACAACAGAGGCUGAGGAAGUCUUUGUGCCAGUCUUAAAUAUAAAUCGUUCUGAGCUACCUCUUCGAGGUGACAAUGUCUUCUUCCUUCAGAAGAUUAACAUUCCAGAGUCCCUCCUGAUUUUCCGGGAUGAGAUUGACCUCCAUGCCUUGCACCAGGCUGGCCAACUCACCCUUAUCCUUGUUGACCAUCAUGUCUUACCCAAAGGUGACGCAGCCCUGGAGGAGGCGGUAGCGGAGGUGCUAGACCAUAGGCCCAUCGAGCACCAGCACUGCCCUCCCUGCCACGUUUCCGUGGAGCUGGUGGGGUCCUGCGCCACGCUGGUGACCGAGAGAAUCCUCCAGGGGGCGCCAGAGAUCUUGGACAGGCAAACUGCAGCCCUUCUGCACGGAACAAUCAUCCUGGACUGUGUCAACAUGGACCUGAAAGUUGGAAAGGCAACCCCAAAAGACAGCAAAUAUGUGGAGAAACUGGAGUCCCUCUUCCCAGAUCUGCCCAAGAGAAAUGACAUCUUUGACUCUCUACAAAAGGCAAAGUUUGACGUAUCAGGACUGACCACUGAGCAGAUGCUGAGAAAGGACCAGAAGACCAUCUCCAGACAAGGCACCAAGGUGGCCAUUAGUGCAAUAUAUAUGGAUUUGGAGGCCUUUCUGCAGAGGUCUGGCCUCAUUGCAGAUCUCCAUGCUUUCUGCCAGGCUCACAACUGUGAUGUUCUGGUCACCAUGACUAUCUUUUUCAACACUCACAAUGAGCCAGUGCGGCAGCUGGCUAUUUUCUGUCCCCAUGAAGCACUCCGAAUGAAGAUCUGUGGAGUGCUGGAACGCUCCCACUCUCCAUCCCUGAAGCUGACCCCUGCCCCAAGCACCCACCCUCACCUCCAAGCCUAUCUUCAGGGCAACACCCAGGUCUCUCGGAAGAAACUUCUGCCUCUGCUCCAGGAGGCCCUGUCAGCAUAUUUUGACUCCAUGAAGAUCCCUUCAGGACAGCCUGAGACAGAGGGUGUGUGCAGGGAGCAGGCAGACAAGGAAUUGGACAGGGCAGGCAACUCCCUGGUUCCAGGACUGAGUCAAGACGAGGAGGAGCCGCCACUGCCCCCCACGCCCAUGAACAGCUUGGUGGAUGAGUGCCCUCUGGAUCAGGGGCUGCCUAAACUCUCAGCCGAGGUCAUCUUUGAGAAGUGCAGUCAGAUCUCGCUGUCACAGUCGACUGCUGCCUCCCUGUCUAAGAACUGACUGCUGGGAGGGGACAGGCUGGUGAGAGGUUGCUUGAACCACUCAAAUGCAUGUUUUGAGAUGUGUCGGCGGUUCCGUCUUCAUGGCUCUGGGAUCUGGUGUACUGUGUUCAUGAACCGGGGAGAAGAAAGAAGUGAAAGAAAACAGCUGCUUUAGGGAUGGCUUCCUGCCUUUUCCCCAGAUCUCUACCAAUCAGACAAAUUGUAUUAUUUAAUUCGAUUCUUCAAAGCUGCACUGACUCUCCUGUAUUUCCUUUGCGAGGGCUUCAGUGUGAUACCAGCACAGUUCCAGCAGAGCGGCUCAAGGUGUACCCCCGAAGUGCCCUCAGUAAGGCUCUGUAACAGAACCAGUAUCUCUCAUGGAACCAAACAUUCAUUGUCUCCGUGUAUUCAUUUAUUCUCUUACUCCUUCAGGUAUCUAUUAAAUGCCUACUUUCGGUUAGAUAGAAAAUAGAGUGUGCUUUGCCAACUCCUAUUCCAUUUUCAGCUUUCAGCAGAAUCUAGCUCCAUGAUUCCUCUUUCUGUGCCCAGUUAGGUGAUGGUAGCUGCGGCCAAGAUGGCUACAUUUGUAUUCUGAGCUGAUUAUGACUCUUUUAAGAUAGUUGGGGAGCAGUUAAGAGACCAUUAUCUUCUCUCCUGGUCCCUGGCUCUCAGUUUCUUUGGGUCCCUCAGUCCCAGAGCCACAGGGACCCCAGAAAGACCCAGAAAACCCCUGGUGCUUGAGAGUUCGGGAGACACCCAGGAAAGCCUUACGACCACAUAGGCGCUCUUCCCAAAAGGCAGAAGAACUGCACUGAGAGCCCGGCUCUGGGCCCUGCCUUAGCGGCCUGGCAAUUUCCUGUCGGUCCUGUUCUCUUCUCGCUCAUACUGAAAGGAAGUAUGGAGUUCUAAUAUUGAAAGCCGUGAAUCGUGUGUCUCUUGGUAAGACACUUGAUUUCUCUAGGCCUCAUUCGCCCCAUCUGUAAAACUAAGGAUUUGGGCUGGAU